AUUAAUUUAUGUGUUUACAGAUGUUUAGAACCGCAACAUGAUUUCACUUGAUCUUUUUGUUGUCUUGUGGACAUCUUAAAGAUUCAAAGUGGGGAAAUGAACUAGACUACUAGCAUACUUGGAGUGGUUAACUCGUUAUUUUGCAAUCAAAGCACCGUUAUCUGCCCUGCUUAUCAUGUAACCUAGUGUGCACUUGACUUCACUGUAUUAUAGAGAUUUAACCUGUGACACUGCAGUAUAAGGCAGGUGUAAUUCAAGAUCUGGAACUGUCAACGUGCACUCAGUUAAGAGCCACUGUGUGUAAAUGAUAUAGCUGCUAACGUUAGUAUGAACUAUUUCAGUAAUGUUUGAGGGGUAAAGUUAGUGUUGUGCGGAGGGAAAAAUCGAUGGACUUCACGGAGUGCUAUGGAGACACCUGUUCAGCCGUCGCGCUGGCAGCCCGGGAGGGGAAGGGUCGGCGGGUGCAGAAGCUCAUCCAGAGAGGCUUCGCGGUGGACGUGAAAGAUAACCGGGGCUGGAACGCCUUGCAUGAGGCCGCGGCGGCUGGAUCAGCGGGGUGUGUGCGGCUACUCCUCCCUGCAGCCGUGAAUUGUGAAGAUUAUGUCAACACUUUGACACAUAACUCAGAGACUCCUGUUUACUUUGCUGCGAGGAAUGGACACCUCCGGGCGGUGAAGUGGCUAAUCAAAGGUGGUGCGGACAUUAACAGGACAACCAAUGAGCUCUCCUGUCCCCUCUUUGCAGCUGUAGAUUGUGGGUACAAAAAUGUUGUGGAGCUGCUAGUGCGAAAUGGAGCAGAAGUCAAUGGGACUCACUCUGUGUCAGGCUGGUCUUGUCUCCAUCAAGCCGUUUACAAGGGCCAUACUGAGAUUGCGAGGUUCCUGGUGAGCAUGUGCUCUCUGGAGGCAGUGGAUGACUAUGGGAUCACACCAUUAUUUGUUGCUGCACAAUAUGGACAUCACCAAUGCUUAGAGAUUCUUGCAAAUGCCGGGGCGAAUGUGAACUGCCAAGCAAACGAUCUGGCCACACCGCUGCUCAUUGCCGCUCAGGAGGGCCACGUACGGUGUGUGGAGGUUUUACUGGCCCAUGGAGCUGACCCUAACCUGUACUGCAAUGAGGACUGCUGGCAGCUUCCCAUCCAUGCUGCGGCCCAGUUCAGUCGGCUAAGUAUUUUAGAGAAGCUGAUUCCGGUAACGAAGCGAGAAUGUGACCGGGGAGAAGGAAAGGUCAGUCCAGUUUACUUGGCAGUACUUAGCGGGCAAGCGGACAGCCUUCGGGUCUUGCUAAAGAAGGGCUACAGUCCAGACGCCCAGAGCUGUCGACAGUUUGGAUACAGCUGCCCUUUGGACAUGGCUCUGUGGUGCAACUCUUGGAAUUUGGACAGCGAGUGUCACCAGACUCGUGAGAUCACUCUGAUGCUCUUGGCAGCAGGGGCCCAUGUGAGCAUGGGCAUAUAUGCCUUUGCGUUACAGGGCCAUGUACCAGAGCACCUGCCCUUGAUCCUGGAGCACGCUGGGCUCCCUCAGGGUGACCGACUCGGAGAGCUGGCCAAUAGAGCCCUUGCUGAGCUGCAGAGCGCCUCUUUUUGGCUCCCCCUGCUGCUCAAAGCAGGAAUGGACCCCAUGCUGCUCCUACUGGACAAAAUGCUUGAAGAAGCUGAGAACAGAGUGCUUAAUUUCUUUCUGGAGUUCAUUAAUUGGAAGACUCUGCCCUCCGCAAUGCUUCAGAUUCUCUCUCACCGUCGAACAGAUGGCACCUGGACGCCACGGAAGCAUUUCGAAUCGGUCCCUGCCCUCACUCAUCUGUGCAGGCUGGCAGUGCAGGCAUCAGUGGGCAGCGAUGCUCUGUCUAAGACCUCCUUUAUCCAACAGCUGCCCGUCCCCACACUGCUUCAGGACUACCUACAGUUCAGCGACGUCUCGGGCUUGCUCACAUAGCAGCCUGACUGUCAUCCGUGGCUAAUUAAGUUAUCUUGACUUGUUCCACUGCAGUAUUUUGUACAUAAUGUUAAUAAAAUUUUAAUGACUGCUCAAAUGAA